AGCCAUUGGGAAGAUCAAUACACAUACAAAAAGUUGCGAUUCCCAAGAAAUGCCCAGUAAAAAAGCAGCUACAAAAACCAAGUCGCACAGUUCCGACGCAAUCGAUGAGAACUUUCAGAACUGCCUGCUGCGCAUCAACAAUGGAACUGAUGUGUAUGGAAUGCUCGUGGUACAGCUUGAGACUGGACGUGUUCCCAAGGCAUGCGAGUUAAUUGCACAAAACAUUCCUUCCUCCAUCUCAAGCGAAAAGAACAAGUCAAAGCAAGGCUUCUACAAAAACUCGCGUUUCAUUCGACUCACAAAAGAAGGAAUUCAAACAGGCGAGGUAAGCCCAUCACCGAAGAGUGUUCCCGUCUCAGAGCUUGAAAGCGAAAUUGGACGGAUCCCACAUGGCCUCGGCACUGUCUCACUGUGCCGUACUUCCAACGUGUUUGAUGGCUCUCAGUUUUUUGUAUGUCUGACUAGUGAUGCAGCCGAGCUCGAUCAUCUGAACCGAAAGCAUGUUGUGUUUGGGCGUGUUAUCGAAGGCAUUGAUGUUUUGGCGAGCCUUCAUGAUGAUAUGCGACCGUACGUGGGGGAAAUGGGCGUGGUUAGGGCCGAAUGUCCCUACGUGAUGGCGGAGCUUGUCUUCGCGUCGAUGUAG